AGGUUAGUGAAUGGCUAUAGUAUACAUUGGAAUUUGUCCUGUGAUAUAUACUUCUUAUCCAGUUUUUCCCCGAGAUAAAAUCGCUGAAUUCGUUUGAACGGCUGAAGGUUAACUGGUUCACAUUAUCAAAGAGCAAACAAUAUAACAAAAAAGCAUUAUUAGAAGGCAAACAAUGGCUAGCAACAUGGGGUCUAGUUGGCCGGUCCGAAAACCCAUAGAGAAAACACACAUGCGAUCGCUCCGAAGACGGCCUUCAUUGACAGGAAAACGCUCCUUUGCUGGAAGAAAUAUUGAUGUUAAAAUCGCUUCUAGAAAAUGCACCGACUCAGAAACAUCAUCAACGACAAAGUUAUCUCCCCUCCCGACAGCCACUGGUAUACAGUUAUCUCCCCUCCCGACCGCCACUGGUAUACAGUUAUCUCCCCUUCCAACAGCCACUGGUAUACAGUUAUCUCCCCUUCCAACAGCCACUAGAAUAACAUUAUCUCCUCAUCCGGGGUCUAAUCAGAACUCCCCUGUCAUACAAAAAAAGAAGAUGAGGCGUCUACCAGACAUUUCUGUUCCUUCCCGUGGUGAGUCUUCGUCUGUCAACAGUGAAGUUAGCAACAAAACGACAGACAUCAAACAAGUUUCAGACUUACCAACCACCCGACGUCUCACGAAAAGUAGCGAGCGAGAAAAAUCAGACAGUCCUGUUUGUAAUCAUGACCAAAUAACAUCCAAAGAAAUUGACAAAGGUAUUCAAACACCAGCUGACUUUCUGGAGUAUGCUAGUGAAGACAUGGACAGUGAUUUUCAAGAUGUAGAUUUAACUAUAGACCCCAAUACUAUAUCUAUAUAUUUUUAAAGUGUUCAGAUAUUUUGUUAUUGAUGCCAUGGGUCGUUCUGAACUCUGGAAAUAACACUGGAGUCUUAAUCUUAUGGAUGCUUAGCAUUGAUGAAGUGAUUUUUAUAGGCCUACAGAAAACAUGCCUAUCCAACGGUAUUUUUUUUACAGCAAAAGGCCUUUUGCGAAAAAAAACAAUCUCGUGGUGUUUUUUUUUUUUAUAUAUGUGACAUAAAAUGUCAAAAAAAUCUUGUUUGAUUUCUUGUUUGUUGAUUUGACUAGAUGUUGGAGCGACACGGACUUCCUACCGGUAACCAUGGAGACAAGUGGAUAUUGUUCUGGUGACAUUUGCUUUAGGGACAUCACGAUAAAAACGUUGUAAUUUUCAAUGAAUGUACGUGUUUUGUUCCUUUCCAGUUAUGUUUCUGUGCUGUCCCAAUGUUCACAGUCGAUCCUCAUGU